GUGGCAGAUCUUCUAUAAGAAAUGAAAGCCAAAUAAGAGGGCUUUCUUCUCCUUGAAAGAAGAGUAUUGGGUGAACUAACUCUUGCCUUGAGAACUCUCCUCUCAUUCCCCCAAACUCUAUCCCUUUCUCCCCAGACAUCCUUUCUUAGGCACCCUACUCUGGCACUUACUAAGCCAUGGGAUAAUUGGCUGGAACUAAACAAUCUGCUUCCUCAUAGCAAUUGCAAGUUUUCUUUUGAUGGUUCUGGUUCCAGGGCAGGGAGCUGAAGACUGAAUCCUGGAGUCUAUUCCAUUCGGGGAGCAGCAGCUUGGCUUCGGGUGGCUACAGCAGCAGCUACUCCAGUGAUUUCCAGCAAGUGAAGAGUCUCUGAAAUGUUCUCACUGUCUGGAGAACCUAUUGCUAGAAUUCAGAGGUCUCCUGACCAGCGCUUGGUGUUAAGCUUCAGGUCUUUUCCAGUACUAAGCAAAGGGGCAUUCUGCAUUAUAUGAGCUCAGGUGCUGGCACACAAGAUCAUUGGCAUACAGCUAUGAAACCUACAUAGUGGAACAUGAUGAUAUGUCUCCUGUAGGGUAUGUGAUGAGGAGAAGAGUUUGGCUUUGGAGUUCUUGGAGCCAGAGGCAUUACCGAGGACUCAGAGCCCAGCCCUGACCACUGCAGAGUCCACAACACAAUGAACAAAUUGAACUUCCAUAACAACAGAGUCAUGCAAGACCGCCGGAGUGUGUGUAUUUUCCUUCCCAAUGAUGAAUCUCUGAACAUCAUCAUAAAUGUUAAAAUUCUGUGUCACCAAUUGCUCGUCCAGGUGUGUGACCUACUCAGGCUGAAGGACUGUCACCUCUUUGGACUCAGUGUUAUACAAAAUAAUGAACAUGUAUACAUGGAGUUGUCACAAAAGCUUUAUAAGUAUUGUCCAAAAGAGUGGAAGAAAGAGGCCAGCAAGGUACGACAAUACGAAGUCACUUGGGGUAUUGACCAAUUCGGACCUCCUAUGAUCAUCCACUUCCGCGUGCAGUACUAUGUGGAAAAUGGCAGAUUGAUCAGUGACAGAGCAGCAAGAUACUAUUAUUACUGGCACCUGAGAAAACAAGUUCUCCAUUCUCAGUGUGUGCUCCGAGAGGAGGCCUAUUUCCUGCUGGCAGCCUUUGCCCUGCAGGCUGAUCUUGGGAACUUCAAAAGAAAUAAGCACUAUGGAAAAUACUUUGAACCAGAGGCUUACUUCCCAUCGUGGGUUGUUUCCAAGAGAGGGAAGGACUACAUCCUAAAGCACAUUCCAAACAUGCACAAAGAUCAGUUUGCACUGACGGCUUCCGAGGCUCAUCUUAAAUAUAUCAGAGAGGCCGUCCGACUGGAUGAUGUCGCUGUUCACUACUACAGAUUGUAUAAGGACAAAAGGGAAAUUGAAGCUUCUCUGACCCUUGGAUUGACCAUGAGGGGAAUACAGAUUUUUCAGAAUUUAGAUGAGGAGAAACAGUUACUUUAUGAUUUCCCCUGGACAAAUGUUGGAAAGUUGGUGUUCGUGGGCAAAAAAUUUGAGAUUUUGCCAGAUGGCUUGCCCUCAGCCAGGAAGCUCAUAUACUACACGGGGUGCCCCACACGCUCCAGACACCUCCUGCAACUCCUGAGCAACAGCCACCGCCUCUACAUGAAUCUGCAGCCUGUCCUGCGCCACAUCCGGAAGCUGGAGGAAAACGAAGAAAAGAAACAGUACCGGGAGUCUUACAUUAGCGACAACCUGGACCUCGACAUGGACCAGCUGGAAAAGCGGUCUCGGGCCAGUGGGAGCAGCGCAGGGAGCAUAAAACACAAACGCCUGUCUCGUCACUCCACCGCCAGCCACAGCAGUUCCCACACCUCAGGCAUUGAGGCAGACACGAAGCCCCGGGACGCAGGGCCGGAGGACAGCUACUCUGGCAGUGCCAUCCACCGCAAGCUGAAAACCUGCAGCUCAAUGACCAGCCACAGCAGCUCCCACACUUCAGGGGUGGAGAGCAGCGGCAAGGACCGACUAGAAGAGGAUUCACAAGACGACGAAAUAGAGAUGUUGGUCGAUGACCCCAGAGACCUGGAGCAGAUGAAUGAAGACUCUCUGGAAGUUAGCCCGGACAUGUGCAUCUAUAUCACAGAGGACAUGCUCAUGUCACGGAAGCUAAAUGGACACUCAGGGUUGAUUGUGAAAGAUAUUGGUUCUUCCACCUCCAGCUCCUCAGAAACGGUUGUCAAACUUCGUGGCCAGAGUACUGAUUCUCUUCCACAGACUAUAUGUCGAAAACCAAAGACCUCCACUGAUCGACAUAGCUUGAGCCUUGAUGACAUCAGACUUUACCAGAAAGACUUCUUGCGCAUUGCAGGUCUGUGUCAAGACACUGCUCAGAGUUACACUUUUGGAUGUGGCCAUGAACUGGAUGAAGAGGGCCUCUACUGCAAUAGCUGCUUGGCUCAGCAGUGUGUCAACAUUCAAGAUACUUUCCCAGUCAAAAGAACCAGCAAAUACUUUUCUUUGGAUCUCACUCAUGAUGAAGUUCCAGAGUUUGUUGUAUAAAGAAUGUCUGUGUAGAUACAGGCAGCCUGCUCUUUGCUAGAGGCUGUGAAAGCCAUGAAUUUUUUCUUUAAUGAUUACUUGUGCCAUAUUUUCUUCAACCCAAAACCAUAGCUCUUUCUUUAUGAUACUUGCAAUGGAAAUAAAAGCUUUGGGACAAUUGCACUUUAAGUAUUACAGAGAAAUAAAAGAACUACAGAGAAUGUACAGCAAUCAAGUGCCCGGAAGUUCAUGAUCCUUUGGAAGGAAAUGUGCUUUUCUGGUUACUAAGCCUGCAAAAUACUGAACUGUGGUGUGUCUGGUCAUUACUUUUUCAGUUUAUUUACACAUAACAUCCUUUUUUUAUUAUUAUGUCAAAGAUGUUGCUAGGUUUAUUUGUUUGCUUGUAAAUUUUUUUAUCACUCCCUCAUGAAAUGUGCAUGGUUUGAGGGAGGAGAGAAAAAAGUCUCUCUAAUUUAACAAAGAGAUCAUUGCCUAGUAUAUAGCCUUUGCUGUCUUACUUGGGUUGUCCAGAAUGAACACUUAUGAAGUGGUCAAAAUCAUGUGGUUCUAGCAAGCCAAAGAGAUCUAUAUCUAUACAUAAUGGAAGCACAGCCCAGGGCCAGAAGACGCAAAUCAAACAAUAACCAGAAGGCUGUGCUUGCUAUGAUGCCUGUGACUCCCUCAUGCGGGGUCAGUGCCAUGCUCUCCUCCUGCUUGUCCAGAAAGCUCUAGAAUCAGUUGAGUUUCUCAUCCAAGUAAUUUUUCAUUUGUGUCCAUUGCAUCAUGCAUUUUGUGGAGUUUACAAAAACCAGUUUCUUUUAAAACUAUGGAAAUGUCUUAGCAAGUGUUUGUGCCUGGUGUUUGUUUCUUUUUUCAGUCAAGAACAAAUUAUGGUAAUGUUAGUUCCUAUGUAACCAAAUGCCCUAGCUGUACAUAUAUGUUAUACAUACAUAAAUAUCUGAGAUUGUGUGUUGAUAUGUGUUUAAAGCUUACUAACUCUUCAUUUUGACUUCCAUGACUAUCUUGUAUACAUGGUCUUUGUUGAAUAUGGAGGAUGUGUCACUGAAUGAAUGGUACCUACAGACAGUCAAUUGAUAUAUGUAGAGUUAAGAACGACUAUUUUCCCAUAUGUCUUUUGCUGUGAUUCUCAACCCUGGCUGCAUAAUAGAAUUACCUGGGGAGCUUUAAAAAAAAAAAUGUCUGGAUCCCACUCCAGACCAAUUAAAUCAGUCUGUUGUGGUGAGACUCAGGUGGAAUUGCCUUUUCUUUUAAAGUUUGCCAAAUGGAGCUAUAUGCAACAGGUUUGAAAACCACUGAUCUAGAAGGGUGUCUUUUGUUAAUUUUGAAGUAAAAGUAUGCAAGUAUACAGAAAAUGUUAGUUUGUGGAGAGGCCAUUUUUAAUACAGUUACUGCUGCUGCUGUUAGGAUAUAUAAUGAAACCAAGUCAAGAGAGUAAACUUACCUUUAGAUGUACAGUAACAAUGUUGCUUGAGCUUCAGGAAAGAACUAUAGCACAAUGUCUUUCUAUGAGAUGUUUUUAAUGAUUUCAUAUUUUGCAACAUUUGUUUACCAUAUUUUGAUAUACCAUUUUUCUAUCUUACAGGUUUUCUUAAAAAAAAACUAUACAUUAUUUUCUAAAGAAACAGUCUUAUUUUUAUACAAAAUUAAGUUUUCAGGUAACAGAAAUAGAUUUAGGGUACAGCAGAGCAUGCAGUAUUAUCCAUAGAUGGGAUCAGUAUUAUAAGCACAUAGAGAACAUGAACAAGCUCAACCUGUGCUUCCCCUCACCUGUCCCUGAGCAGAUGUGGAGGACAGUAUGAACACAACAAGCCUGGUCAAAUUAGUUUAUCUUGACACUUUGAAAGGAAAAUAUCCUAUGGAGUUCUGUAGCCAUGAAAUUAUUUUGCUUGUAUCAAAUAUUUUAAAAGAACCAAAGUUUCAGAUGUCAGAAUGUAUAAAAGUAUCUCAGUUUCUAUAUAAAAGGAUGAAAGGAUUAUCUAAUGACUGUUUUACUUGUAAGUCAUUAAAUAAUCCAACAUUUCUUAUAGAUACUUAGGAAACAAAUCCUGGUGAAGUUUGACUUUAUAAAGAGCCCAUAUCUUAAUGUGGUACAUUUCCUUAGCUCUUAGAGAUUCUUGCAACAAACAUCAAGAAUAAAUGUAUUUAGUCAAGUGUGUAAUGCUUUAUAUUUUAUUUUCUCUGUACUUCAAGCAGAAUCAGGUCUUCAGGGUUUUGCCAGCAUUGUUGGUGGUUUUGCACACCCUCUUUCUAAUAGGAUUUAUGAAUAGUAUUAUGGGCUUUCAAAAACAGAACAUACUAAGGAACAUUUUUGCUUUUUGAUCCACUGUUUGCAGCAGAAUGAUAUGUGUAUAUGAAAAUCCAUUUUGAAUAUUUACAUUUUUGUAUUUGGAAAUUGUUUUAAAAAAUAAAAAAGGAAAAGAAAAGUA